AACACAUUUACAGUAGUAAUGGAGCUUCCAGCGAACCUCAUUCCAGAUGAGGCAAGCCCGGAGUGGAUGAACAAGGGGGACAACGCGUGGCAGUUGACGGCGGCCACGCUCGUAGGCCUCCAAAGCAUUCCGGGCCUAGUCAUCCUCUACGGAAGCAUGGGGAAGAAGAAAUGGGCGGUAAACUCGGCCUUCAUGGCCUUCUACGCCUUCGCCGCGGUUUUAGUGUGCUGGGUUGGGUGGGGUUUCCGCAUGUCGUUUGGAGAGAAGCUUGUCGUUUUCUUGGGGAAGCCAGCGGUUGCCUUGGACGAGAAGUUUCUACUAGGGCAGGCGUUUCUAGGGUUGUUUCCAACGGCCACGAUGGUGUACUUUCAGGGAAUGUUUGCAGGGUUGACGUUGAUUUUGGUUGCCGGUGCUCUACUGGGAAGGAUGAACUUUCGUGCAUGGAUGUUGUUUGUGCCUCUUUGGCUUACGUUCUCUUACACUGUGGUGGCUUUUAGUAUAUGGUCCCCUGAUGGGUGGUUGGCCAAGCUUGGGGUUAUUGAUUACGCCGGUGGCUUUGUUGUUCACCUCUCUUCUGGUGUAGCUGGUUUCACUGCUGCAUUUUGGGUGGGGCCUAGAACAGAAAAGGACAGAGAAAGAUUUCCACCACCAAACAACAUCAUUCUGAUGCUUGCAGGCGCAGGCCUGCUUUGGAUGGGCUGGAGUGGAUUCAACGGUGGAGAUCCAUACGUGGCAAGCACGGACGCAUCUCUUGCCAUCCUUAAUACCCACGUGUGCGCUGCCACUAGCUUGCUGACGUGGGUCAUCCUUGACACGUUUUUCUCCGGCAAACCGUCGGUCGUUGGCGCCGUACAGGGAAUGAUCACCGGCUUGGUCUGCAUCACCCCCGCCGCUGGAGUAGUUCAAGGUUGGGCAGCCAUUAUAAUGGGUGUAAUAUCAGGUAGCGUUCCAUGGUACACGAUGAUGGUGCUUCACGACAAGGUAAAGAUCUUGAGACACGUGGACGAUCCGAUGGCCAUGUUCCACACCCACGCCAUCGCCGGCAGCUUAGGAGGAAUCCUCGCCGGGCUAUUCGCAGUGCCGAAGCUCUGUCGAAUCUUCUACAUGGUUCCGGAUUGGGAGAAAUACAUCGGACUAUUGUACGGCCUACAGAGCGGACGAACUUCGGCCGGGUUUCGACAGAUCGGACUUCAAUUGGGAGGCAUUCUCUUCGUGACCGUCGUAAACGUGGUGGUUACUAGUUUGAUCUGCUUGUUCAUUCAGCUCUUUGUUCCGCUCAGGUUAAAUGACGAUGAGUUGCAGAUCGGCGAUGGUGCCGUACAUGGAGAAGAAGCUUUUGUGUUAAUCGAUGGGGAGAAUAUUAGUGAGGGGUUUGAGAUCAAUGCCAAGAAGAAUAUGGCUUUUGAUGUGGAAGAGUAUUCGUCUGUAGCGUCGAGAUCGAUUAUGAGUGAACUUCAAUUAGUUUAAUAAAUAAUCAUGAUCGAUCAAG